AUGCCUCACAUGCAGGUUGUUUCUAUUCCUUGGGUAGCCUUUUGGCCUUCGAACACACUCCGACACGCAGUUCAUGACUUCUCCCAAGCAGAGGAAGAAGACGGCAACCAGAGUGAUAGUGGGUGUCCGACAACCACGACAGAGCAGUCUUAUUGCGAUAAUAACACUGAGGAGAGUGAGGUCAGCUGGAGUGACAUGAUCUGCGAUUGUGUGGGGUCUUGUCAAUUUGAGUCUCAGGCAAGAUCAGGGUCGACAGAGGCAUUAUACAAGGCGAGCUAUUCUAAACAUUUUCCCUCACUCAUACAUUUCGAAUUUGAUAACCCCCUUGACCUCGGGGCUUUGUUCGACUUUACUUUCAUCUGGCGGCUUCUGCUUCAUGGUGAUCCUCUCAGGUUAUUCUAUCAAUCGACCCAAGGUGACAUCCGGAGCGACUUUGAUGAGAUGGUUUGUCUCAAACAUAGUGUCCGCGAAGCGUUACUAGAGAACACUUUCGGACGAUGCGGAGAAAGAUGGACUGGGAAUGUCUUGAAGUAUCGCAUGCGAGAAGGCGGGCAGAGGUUAGCGGCCGCAAUCGCUCUAUUACCCAACAUCAACCCUCUCCCAUAUUCUUUGAGAACUUUAUUAGAAUGUGAAAUCUUCAGCCAAUCUCCUUAUAGACUGGCACGUGGCUGUCAAGUCGGUCUUGAUUGGCCUUUCAAAGAUGAAUAUGAACAUACAUCUCCAACUGAAGAUUCUUGGAAAUUAGCUAGCGUAUGGGCUUGUUGGGCUCAGAAUUAUGCUAAAUGGCUUUGUGGGGAUGAAAACGUAUGGGAUUCAUGGGAAUUUGAAAAUCUUGCCCCGUGCGUUGUCCUUGAUUUAUUUUUGACUCCUGUUUCCAAUGUUUCUGCAUCAUCCACUCGUUGA